AUGCACGAUGCGAGGACGCUCUCGGGCUUUUGCGACUUCCUCUCGACGACCAUCGUGGCGCUUGCCACGCCAGCGAGCUCGCUUCAGAAGCCAGCGUGGGCCUCGACGGCGCACUGCACCCACGCCGAGCUCGUCGACCAAGCAAUUGGCAUCGCGUUGCAGCGUAAGCGAAAGGACUGGAAGAAGCAUCCCAACCUCAUCACGCUGGGCUUCACGAGCGGCUACGAGAGCGACGCGAACCACUUUACGCUCCACGCGCACAACGUGAUGCACCACAGUCCGAAUUCGCUUGUGAGCCUCCUCAAAAGCGUCUUCUGCCCCAUGGAGCUGUAG